GACGUCACCCAUGCAUCGGCGAUGCAUUGGCGAUGCGGCGCGGUACUCCGACCCCGUCCACCCGGACCCCAUCUGGAAGACUUUUUUUUACGAGGGCGCCGCAGAGGCGCCUUGGCGGAUCGCACGCGCCUAUUGCAAUCAAGGCGAGGCCGGUGGCAUCGACAGCGAGAGAGAGGCCUCACGGGAAGGAUCCAACUGGGUGGCGCAUAUGUUGGGGCCCAUACAACCCCAGUGACCGCCGCUAUUAAAAGUACCUCUCUGGAUGGAGACGCUGGAAGGAUAAAUAGAUUCGCGUCCAGCGGCGAUGAGUGUGCUCGUGUCCUGCGACUGCUACAACUCUGGGUGGCCGUGCCAUGGGGGAGCAGACGAUCUUUUAGUUGGAUCAGCAAGUGCUGCGCUCGACCCGCUGGUGGUGACAGCGCGGGUGGAUUGGCCCUCUGGAGGGCUCCGCGUACUCGCACAGAUUGCGACUUCCAGGUGGAGCGCAACAUCAUCAGUUCGCAGGAGGCUGCAGAGAUCAAGGCCCUGGCCGUGGCGGAGCACCUGCCGCAGGGCCAGCCCCCGGGGGGCAUGCCGGGGCCGCCCCCGGGCAGGCUGCCGCUGUCCAGGCCGACCGCGACUGUCCCGGGGGCCUUCACGGACAUCCCGGGGAUGCAGCGCGCGGGCAUGCCGCCGAUCCCGCCGGGCAGGCCUGGCAUGAUGGGUCUUGGUGGUGGCCGACCUCCUGGGCUUCCCUACGGCUCCGUCGGCAUGCAGAUGGCAGCGAUGAUGCGGCCGCAGAUGGUGAGCCCGUAUCAGUCUUCCCCGAGGCUCUUCGGCUACGCAAAGCUGCCACCCCUGGGGCAGCAGAAGCACACGCCGGAGACCGUGCCGGUGGGGAUCAUGAUCAGCAUGUUUCAGUCGGCGAGGCGGCAGCCUCACUCCAAGUGGGUCCCGUACAAGCCUCUCGACGCGGCGCAGACGCCCCAGGCGUACCCAAUGAUGGUGCCGUCGCCUCAGUUGAUGGAGCGCGUGGAAGACUUCUACCAGGACCUCCGCGACGAGGAGCGCAGCAGCAGCAGCAGCCGCAGCUCCUCGCGCUCGCGCUCGCGUUCCAGGUCCGGCAGCCGCAGCGUCCGCACCAACAGCCGCAGCAGGAGCCCGCUUCACAAGAGCGGCGGCGGCGGCGGCGACCCGGGAGGCGCCUCAGGCCCGAGAGGCCGCGCCGCCUCGCCGCCGCGAAGGGCGCGCGCGCGCUGCGGCGCCGCAGG